UCAUCCAUUCAUCAUAAAUCCAUCCAUCCAUCCAUUCAUCCAUCCAUCUACCCAUCUAUCAAUCUACUAUCCAUCCAUCCAUGCCUCUAUUUAUCCUUCUAUCUGCCACUCAUCCAUCCAUCCACCUACUACCCACCCAUCAUCCAUCCAUCCAUCCUCCAACAAACUGAGCCCAUGUCCCUUACCAACAAGGUCACAGCUCAUGCAGGCAGCCUGCCCCUUUGUUCCCUGUCACUAUGACUAAGGGGUUAUCUCUGAUCCUACCCCUCGCCUGCCUGCUGGUCUGCCUGGGACUCGAGGAUAGGAGUGACCUCAGCCCGUCCCACCCUGGCACGCGUGCCUAUUACGCAAACACCUGGAGACCAGGCCUCCCACCGCAGGUCCUCGGAGGAGACUGCCCAUCCUGGCAGAUGCGCCACACCCGUGGCAGCGAGUGACCAGGCGGCUGGGAGAGGAGGCAUCUCCCAAUCCACCCACUUCCUCUGUUCCCUUUAUAGCACGGGAUGUUACCACAGUCUUCCAGCUGUUCCCAUUUCGUCAGUAAAAAUGCCACUUGUUGGCGCCAAUGUCUGGCUCUUGGGCAGAUGAGGUGAUCCCAUGCUAUGCGGGUGACACACACACACACAUAUGCCAGGGCCUUUCUGGGGAUGGUGGGGGAUGAAGCCUGGCCCGUUUCCCUCCAGACAUGGGCUGCCUGAGGGGUAUUCUGCUUAUGCCAUACACACCAUCUCUGUGCCCUGUCCCGGGGUCUUUUUACCUGAAAUUAUUAGGUUAUAGGGGCAGGAGUGCACAGCUCAGAUUAAGAAAUGGGAGAAAGCGGUCCCACCCGCUUCUCCCCCCAGGACCCAGGGGCUGUGACAGGGCCCUGCUUCUCCGCCCAGCCCCCUGGGUCACCAUCCCAUGGCCCUUCUCAUCCUUUCCCUGGGGGCCCUGAAUUGGGGGCCGUUCUGCUCCACAGAGGACACUGGACAAUGGCUGGGGACCGUUUGGGGUGUCAUGGUUUGUGGGGGUGCUACUGAUAUCUGGUGGGUGGGAACAGAGUUGCUGUUGCUCAAUACCCACAGGGCGCAUGACACCCCCAAAUUAUCUCGUCUAAACUGCCAGUGGUUUGAGUUGAGAAGCCCUUCCUUACCAUGACAGCCUUCUAUCUGUCCUUCUGUCUCUCCAUCCAUCAUUCAUCUACCUGUCCAUCCAUCCAUAAUCUAUCUAUCCACCCACCUGUGGAUCCACCCAUGAUGCAUCCGUCUAUCCAUCAUCCAUCUAUCCAUUAUCAAUCUACCCUCCCAUCUGUCUAUCCAUCCAUCACUCAUCUCUCCGUCUAUCUGUCUAUCCAUCCAUCCAUUAGCUGUCAUCUGUCUAUUGAUCCGUCCACCACCUAUAUAUCAUCUAUAUAUCUGUAUACCUAUCAUCUAUCGAAUAUGGACCAAUCAAUCACCUACUUAUCUAUCCAUCCGUCAGCCCCUCUACCAUCUGUCUAGCAGUCAUCUAAGUAGCCAUCACCUGUCUGAUUUAUCUGUAACCUCUUUGUCUAUCCACCUAUCAGCUACUUUUCGGUCUCUCCAUCUCUCAGGUCAGUGGAUCUAUCGCAUCUAUCUAUGGACAAUCUACCUACUUAUGGAUCAUCGAAUUUAUCUAUUUACCUGCCAUUUAUACCUUAUCUAUCUAUCUAUCUAUCUAUUUAUCUAUCAUCUAUCUGGGCUUGUGGCUGGGGCGAUUUUGUCCCUACGACCCCAUGACAUACGACAACGCCUGGAGGGGGGUGUAUUUCCGGUUGUCCCAACUUGGGGGAGAGGGAGAUUUUGGCACCUGGUGGGUGGAGAGUGGAGAGGCCGCUCCACACCCCACAAGGCCUGGCAGGACCACCCAGCCUGGACAUCACUCGUGUCACGGCAGAGCUGUGCCCCGACCCCGUGUCCCUGGCCCUCCAUCCUGCCCCAACACCUGCUUUGUCCCUCUCUUCUGGCACCUCCUCGCUCGGUCGGGGGUCCUGGGGUCCUGCUGUCCCGCAUAAACAAUGGCCAGCCGCCCACCACGGCUGUUAAAGUCCAGGGUUCCCUAUUCUCAGCCCCCUGUCAUUCACGGGCCUCCCUCGGGUGUCAGGCCAGCACCACCUGCUGUGAACACAGCCCCGCGGCUCCGCCCGGCCUGGCCCACAGCACCCUCCUGCCCCGCCUUCACCCUGCAGCUUUCCUCCGGGACCGCCCCAAGGCUCCCUCCACCCAGCGCACACACCCCAUCCUCACCCCGGACUCUUCCCUGGGCCUGGUCCCUCCUCCUGGAGGGGCGGGGCCGCCAGGGUUCGGGGGACCGCGUCCAGGGGUCGCACCCCAUCCCUCCAUCCACACCGACCUUGGCAAGGCCCGAACAAACGAGAUAAAGUCACCAUCUCGGCAGCGGCAGCGCGGCAGCGUCUCAAAAGCACCCUUGGAGCUCACGUCCGGCCCCAGGCGCCGGACCCCUCGCUCGGCUUCUCACCCCGAGGCGACGGCGGCGAGGCCCCGCCCGGGCUCCGUGCGUCCCCUCCCCUCGCCCCGCCUGCUCCGGGGGGUGCCGGCCGCCUCUGACCACAAGGGCUGCGCAAACGCGACCACACGACCGAGGAGAGAAAAACCCCUCCUCAGUUUGGAAGCAGAACCACGCGCUCCGUCAUUCCUCUUAGUCAGGCGUGACCCCGAGGCGCAGACGGCCCGGGUGGCGCUGGGCAGCCGCCAGGCGGCACGUGGGGCGGCCCUGCUCCGCAGACUGUCUGCCUCAGCUUCCAAAACGCCCCGAGAAGCUGGGCGUGUGAGCGAGCCGGAGGCGUCCGCUGCUCGGAGCGUCCCCCCGGACUCAGGCCCCGGGCGCCGCCGCCUUCGGGGCUCACCUGGGUGCAGGUGUGUUCCCGGAGGCUUUUGCACGAGAGGGAGCGGGCCAGCGCCUCCGCGCCCAGUGCCCGUGGCUGCGCGUGCCUUUCUGGACGAUUUUCUAGCCCGUCUGCACCCGGGAGAGGAGAGGGCACGCAGCCUCGCUCCCAGCUCGCGUGAGACCCUCCCCGCGACCCUCCCUCGUUGCAGACGAGGCACGUCCAUAAGGAAACGGCCAUGAACUCACCUGCACCGGCCGCGGCUGCAGCGGCGGGGCGCGUCCGCGGUGUAGACGCCACCGGGUCGGAGGGCGGCAGCUGUGCUUCAGAGCCGGGGGUCAGGAAGCGGCGUCCUGUGGCCCCUGAGCGAGCCGGGGUCUGUGUGGGCGAACGGCCCCGGGGCCAGCGUCCCGAGCGGCCCCCAGGCUCGCGGCGCAGGAUCCAUGGCGAGCCGGCUGCACGCCCGCCGGACCAAGUCCCCAAGGCCACUUCCAGGCUCAGCGGCGCCUUGGACACUCGGGGAAGAGGAGGGAAGCUCGGACACAGGCUGCCACAUGGAGGGACCUUGAACCACGAUGCUCAGGGGGGACGCCAGACCCAGAAGGACACACGGUGUGGGAUUCCGUGGAUAGGACACGUCCAGAACAGGCAAGUCCACAGAGCCAGGAAGUGGGUUUGUGAUGUGAGGAGCUGGGGGAGAGAGAGAGGGAGUGGCUGCUCAUGGGCUUGGGAUCUCCUUGGGGGCGUGAGAAUCUUCUGGAACAGAGAGAAGUGGCGGCCACACAACAUUGUCAAUGUACUAAGUCCCACUUUAUUUUUCGU